CAAAUAAAGAUUCAAUGUGUUUUUACCUUUUGUUCGUCCUCUUACCGCUGCUGAUCUCCACUGAUGGAGGAGCCACGUCCAGGGCGGAGGCCUCAAAUCAAACAGCCCAGAUGAAAGCAGAUGUUUCCCGCGGGGAGACACCGACCCUGCCGCCGCCAUACCUCUUCCUCCCGGUGUUCGUGGACUCGAACCUGCCGCUGGUGAAGAAGGAGCACUUCUCUCCGGCCAGAGGCUCCAGGCAGGAGCCGCUACCCGAGGCCGUGCGGGAGCUCCUGAUCCCGGCAGCGCUGCCCGGCACCAGCCCGCCCAGCGCGUCCCAGGACCCGGUGAAGACCUGGUGCUGGGGGAGCAGGAUGCAUGUGCAGGUGGAGAGGAGCCUGCUGGGGACCGGGGAGACUCACCCGCAGCUCCGGCUGGGAACAUGUGAGACCAGCAACUCUACCCGGGAACACCUGUACUUUGAAUACGACUUCGACACUUGUGGAACCAAACGCACCAUAAUUGACAACCAGGUGGCCUAUUUAAACACGCUACGAUAUGAUCCACCAAAGCUCCAAGGACCGAUCAGACGAGCCGUGCCCUUCACCCUGUCUGUGGCUUGUUACUAUAACAGGUACCAGUACUCCUACAAGAUUGGCUACAAACCAAAGAUGCAGAUGCGCAAGAUUUUCAAAUCCAUGAAGAACAGAGCGAAAUUCAGUCUGACUCCACGAAAUGCUCAGUGGGAAAGACUUUCUCCGUCUGAUCAGUACGUGCUCGGAAAGCCCAUGUACUUUGAGGCCGAGGCUCCGUCCAUGUCCCAGGACAAGAGACUGUACGUCCACUUGUGUUACGUGACCUCCGAUAAGUCCCACACCUCCACGCUUCAGUUUCCAGUCGUGAAAAACUUUGGGUGUAUGGUUGAAAGCAAGGAAGGUCACUCCAGAUUCAUCCCGUACAAAAACAACGCUGUGAGAUUCACCGUGGAUGCCUUCUUGUUCAAGGGAAUGACGGACCAGCUCUACAUGCACUGCGACAUGUCUGUGGGCAGUUCUGUGCCCUCACCAACAGCCAAGUCCUGCAACUAUGACACAAAAGCAGGAAGAUGGGUUGAACUGUAUGGAUCAGACUCGGUUUGCACCUGCUGCGACUCCAACUGCCGCUCUGCUGCAUCUCCAGAGACCAAAAUAAUCAGCAGCAAACCGUGGACAAUAGAGCCUAAAGUGAAACCUACGAUUACCCCGAAGAGGAAGAGGGUUUCCACCACCACCACCACAACAACAACAAUAACAACAACAGCAGCAGCAGAACUGCAGCCAGAGACGACCAGAAACAUGACUGAAGGGAGCACAACGCCACAGAUGGAAGAGAAAGCAGGGACUCAGAUGGGUAAGGUGGAGAACAAGGUGAAGGAGUGGCCCUUUGGAGGUGGAGGAGUGACGUGGGUUGAGAUGGAAGGUGAGGAGAGGCAGGUGAUGAAGGGCUCUGCUGUUGUGGAGGAGGAGGAGGAGGAGAAGCAGGAGGAGGUCAAGGAAUCGCGCAGAAUAUUUGAAGAAGUCUUUGAUUUUGGGAAAUAAAGCCGACAUUUGAACAGUG